GCAAGUGGAACCCAAUUGGACGCAUGUUGUGUACAAAAAGAAACGUCAAAACUGCAGCGCUAUAAAGCAAAACGAAUCAAAUAAAAAAUAAGGAAUAUCCAUGAAAGUCACGAUUGGCCGCCAAACACAUUUGCAAUUGUUUACAACGGAAUAGUGACCAGAUAGCAGCGCCUUUCCCCACUCAAAGCGGCGGCCCCCCACCCAGGCACCCAGGCGACAAACCAUAGACGUAUUUUUGUGGUGUGUGGAAGGUAGAAUCAUCCAUCUCAUACGCACACACACGGCACACACACAAACAAACAAACACUGCUCGCAAAACUAUUUCAGCAGCAAAGGAGCUAAAAUAUUGAAAGAAGAAUCCGUCAAGUACAACAAAAGGCCAAAACACAGUCAUCGCAGCCAUCAGAGGAGGCAGAGGGCCAAACACAAAAUAGAAGUAGAAGCAGCAGCAGCGGCAGCAGCAUCAUCAUUAUCGAAAUCCAAGCAACAGCCACCGCUCCGGCAGCCAGCAGUCGGAAGAUCCACAGAUACCAGAGCCAGGAGGAGGACCAAACACUACGCAGCAGUAGACAAGUGCCAGUAUCCGCAGAGCCCAGCAAAGCAUCAAAGAUGAGCAUGGAAAAGGUUGCAACCAAACAAUACGAAUCGAAAGUCUGGCCGGACAUCGUGGACAGUGAUGACAGCGAUGUGGAGAAUGAAAUAGAUGUGGACAAAUUACCGCCGCUGGAGGUGGGGCCCAACGAGAAUCGCCUGCAGCACACAUACUGCCUUUGGUUCUCGCGGAAGGGGACGCAGCGGGCAGCGACGGACUAUAGCAAAUCGCUGCACGUGGUCGGACGAUGUGCGAGUGUCCAGCAGUGGUGGUCCCUCUACUCGCAUCUGAUCAGGCCGACGUCCCUGAAGCCGUACCGGGAACUGUCCCUAUUCAAACAGGGCAUCAAACCGAUGUGGGAGGAUCCGGCGAAUAGUAAAGGCGGCCAAUGGGUGAUAAGAUUGCGUAAAAACAAAAUCGAACGUGCCUGGGAGAAUGUCUGCAUGGCGAUGCUGGGUGAGCAAUUUCUGGUGGGUGACGAGAUAUGCGGCAUAGUCCUGCAGACAAAGUAUCCGGAGGAUAGCUUAUCAGUAUGGAACCGGACUGCCACUGAUAUGACCAGUACAACGCGUAUCCGUGAUACGUUACGCAGGAUAUUAAAUAUACCUAUAACAACUACAAUGGAGUAUAAGAUACACUGUGAUAGCCUUAAAUAUGUUUCAGUUAAUAAAGGCCCAUUGAAGAGCUGAAAUUCAAUGAAUAACUUUAAACCACAAAAGAGAAACAAAAACAAUAAUUUUUCAAACAGAUAAUACAAGUCACUAGUAAAGAAAUCAGCAGAAACAGCAACAGUAUCAAAAAACUACGCACACACCACACCGAACCAUACCACACCGCCUCUACAGUCAGUCAAUGAUCAGAAGAACUUUGGAGCUUCUUCAGAACCACCACCACCACUUCAACCUGGAAUCCCCAUGAACAGCAGGACAAAUUAAUAUUUAAGCGCUAAUAAGACGAAUCUUUGUAUCGUGAAAUGAUCUGAUCGUCUACAAAGUGUGUGUAUAUAUGAAACGCAAUGAAUAUUUUAGUUUGUAUGUAAAAAGUUUUAAAUUAGACAUUCAUUUCUAUAUUAUAUAUUAAGUUCAAAGUUUAACAUUCGACACUCUCUUUAUUUGGAACCCCCACCCAACACAACCAAGCCUUGUAUUGUAGCCUUAUAUCGAUUGUAGUAGCUUCAUAGCCACAUAUAGCCACCAGAAUCCUUGCCUUCCCACAGAGACACACACAGCCACUCUAAAUACCCAGAAGCACACCCACACUAGCUGAUACUGUAUUCAUCUGUUUGCAAUGAUUAUUUUACAAUUACUGAUAAACACCGAAACUGAAUAAUCAAAUUGUUUGUUUUUGUUCUUGAAGAAAUACACAAAAAAGUUUUUUACAUGAAGAAAAUGA